AUGGAACAGCCGAGGAAACAGUUCAACUGGACUAAACGCAACGACCUCCUGUAUAUGAGCGGAAAUGUCUCCGUUAAAACUUGCAAAGCCUUGAUGGUGUACUUCAAUGAUAUGAAGAGCGAGGUCAAGGUGAUGCUUGCAUCGACCAAGAUGUGUGGAGAAGGUAUCACCCUCUUUGGAGCGUCGCCGUCGCGUGUGGUGCUCCUCGAUGUUUUGUGGAGCCCUUCUAUCCAAAGGCAGGCGAUUGGAUGUGCAUAUCGAAUUGGUCAGCAAAAGAUUGUCCAUUUAUACAAUCUAAUCACAGAAGGAACACAAGAGAAGGGUAAAUAUCAUAUACAAGCUAAGAAGGAGCAAAUGUCAAAAAAAUUCUUUUCAAGUGAACCACAGCCUGCGGAGUGCAACCCUUCAUCAGAAUUUAUUUCUAUUGAUAGGAUUUUGGAACAAAUGACAGAAGAUGAAAAUCUGAAAGAGAUUUUUUUGAAAAUAGUCCCAUCAUAG